AUGGGAGUAGAAGUUCGACGAAGACGAACACUGGCGAGAAUAAGUCAAGGGAGUGCGAAUUCCGCUGUCUAUAACGAGAAAUCUCGACUUUCGCUGGUAAAAAGAUCAAAUGAAUCAUCAAAUCAACAAAAUUCAACUUUAGUUCAACCCAACAAAAGACGAAAAGUCACUGGACAGUCAAAGGAGGACAAGCUAGCGACUAUUAUUGUUGAUUUUGGCAUGGCUGUAAAUGAGUUAUAUCAACUAUCAGAGUAUGAAUCCAUAAUUUCAUGGGUGCCGUCAGAAUUUUCAAAAGUUGUGAAUAUGUCAAUUUCCGAUUCAUUUCUGAACUUUUGUGAAUCUAAUCAAUACAAGUUGAAAUGGGAUAGCGAUAUCGAAAACGAUGAAGAGUUGAAAGCACUUCCAUUCCGGUUUCAGAAAAAGAAACUAUCUGAAAGGGAAAGCUUGUUGAAUAAUAAGUUUCCCUUUCGCCAACAAACUAUAGAAAGAUAUCAACAAAAGGAAGUAGCGUUAUUUUCGUCACUUGAACAGAAAAUCUCAGUAGCACCUUCAGUGAAGUCGAAUACAAGACAAUCGAGCAAGCUUAAAGAAUUGAAUAAAAAAGAUGUACCAAAGGUACGACCACAGGAAAAACAUUCAAAAUUGGCAUCAAAAAGUCGCAAGAGUAUCGACAACAACAAAUACAACGAUGCAAAGGAGCCUAUCGAAAUCUCAAUUGAAGAUGGCGAUGAUGAUGAUGAUGAUGAUGAUGAUAGAGACGUUACAUUUCAUUCAUUCAACAAGAAGAUAAAAAGUAUUUCUGGUACAGUGCCCAACCUUCUCAUAACGCACCCUUCUCAUGUUCCAUCUUGGACACCACAAACAGCAGAAAGUAAUUCGCUGAUUACCAAAACCGAAGAAGGAGGCAAAGUUUUAGAUUUUGAGCCUGAGCCUAUCAAAGUUCAGCAAACACACGAUGGAAAAAUCGUAGCACCAAACUUGACUAUCAAGCUACGAAACUUCUUGGACAAUUAUUGCAGGACACCAAUCAUCGAUGAACUGAAUGCGCCAGACUACAGAUUCACAAAGGAAGAAUUCGAGGCUAUAAAUGCUAAGCAAAUGAACAUGUUCAAGAGAAUUUCGCAUAAGAUCAAUGUUGACAACACUUUAGAAUUUCAGGGGAACAAGAUAGAGAGAAGGAAAGUGAUUAUACCUCCUGUUUAUAAUGUCAAAUUGAACGACCCAUUUAGGAUAACGUCUACUGUGGUUCCGAAAAUGCAAGGUUCCAACAACGAUUGCACGCAUCAAGAUUACCUUUUGACCCAAGGAAUGGCUUUCUCGCGAAUCCAUCAUCAGAUGAGGAGGCAGCAUAUUAAUCGAGCUAGAAAAGUUGCUUCCAUAGUGGAUCAGCAUUUUAAGAAAAAGAGAGGCGAAAAGGAAAGACUAUUGAAGGAACGGGAACAAAAUUUGAAAAAGAUGAGUAGGAUUGCUAUGCAGGCUGUUAAAAAGAGAUGGAAUGAUGCUUUCAAAGUAUACCUGAUUAUACAAACUGCAAAAGAAGAGGAGCUUAAGAAAGUGAAAGGUCGAGAGCACUUGAGUCAGAUGUUGCAACACUCAACUCAGCUUCUCGAAGCACAGCUCACGUCGUCUAAAGAAGCAACUGCUGAAAGCGAGGCUGUGAUGGGUGAAGAGAAUGAUAUGGAGAUGAAUGACUCAUACGACUCUGAUGAUUUCAUUUCAAGUUCGGACGAAAAUGAGGAAAACGAUCGCGAGCAAGGUGCCAAUGGAACAACAGCCAGAGGUGGUGACCUUGAUAGUAAUCUUUCAGUUGAAGAUUUGAGAAGAAAAUAUGCCAACAUCGAGAGCUCUAUUGAGCCAACCACUGAUGGUACUCCAGAUGUGCUGGAGCAAGAAGGUAGAAUGCUGGAAAGUGACGACAGUUUUGACGAGACUGGUGGACUCAUGUCGCUAUAUGGUGAAGGCGAGAUUAAACCUUUACAAAAUGGGGUCUUCAAAGAUUUGCAAAUGUCUGAUGAAUAUUCAAAGAUCGUGAGCGAACUGGACCUAGAUAAAAACCAACUUUUGGACUCCGAUAAAAGUAGUCCAAUAUCUGGGUCAAUCUCCGAAAGCGAGUCCUCAGCUGAAUUGUUGCCUGGAGGAAGCGACGCAUCUGCUUCCGAAUCUGAACUGGAAUUACCAAAUAAAAAAACUGCUUUAGCCGAUUUUUACAACAGUAAAAGCGUUGACGCUGAUGAUGGUGAUGAUGAGGAUGAAGAUGUUGAGAGUUUCAGUGAAGCUAGUGAUGACGAGAUGCUGCAGUCAGAGGAUGACUAUCAACCGGUCGAGAAUAGCCAAGUUAAAGGUCACAGACAGCUGAUAUCUAAAGAUGAUGGCGAUGAAAGCACAGAAGUGAUCAAUGGAUCGAGAGUGAAAGACGUUGAUGUACCGUCGUUGCUUCGGGGAACUCUCAGGCCUUACCAAAAACAAGGUCUCAACUGGCUUGCCAGUUUAUACAAUAACAAUACAAAUGGAAUCUUGGCAGAUGAAAUGGGUUUGGGGAAAACUAUUCAAACCAUUUCACUUUUGUGCUAUUUGGCUUGUGAGCAUCACAUUUGGGGACCGCAUUUAAUUAUUGUCCCCACCUCGGUAAUGUUGAAUUGGGAGAUGGAGUUUAAAAAGUUUGCUCCAGGAUUCAAGGUUUUAACUUAUUACGGAUCGCCUCAGCAAAGAGCACAAAAAAGAAAAGGGUGGAACAAGCCCGAUGCUUUCCACGUUUGUAUAACCUCUUAUCAGUUGGUAGUGCAGGACCAGCAAGCAUUCAAGAGAAGGAGGUGGAGGUAUAUGAUUUUAGAUGAAGCACACAAUAUUAAAAACUUUAGGUCUACCAGAUGGAAAGCACUACUCAACUUCAAUACUGAAAACAGACUUCUCCUCACUGGUACACCUUUACAAAACAACUUGAUCGAAUUGUGGUCAUUGUUGUAUUUUUUGAUGCCUUCUUCGAAAGCUAACUUGUCGAUGCCUGACGGGUUCUCGAAUUUAGAGGACUUUCAGCAGUGGUUUGGGAAGCCAGUUGAUAACAUUCUAGAACAAACAACUCUAGGAAAUAAUUCUGAUUUGAUUGAUGAGAAUGAGAAGAGUACACUGCGAAUGGAUGAAGAAACGAAAAACACGGUCUCGAGGUUACAUCAAGUUUUGCGACCAUACAUCUUGCGAAGGUUGAAGAAGGACGUGGAAAAACAAAUGCCGGGGAAGUAUGAGCAUAUUGUGUACUGUCGGUUAUCCAAAAGACAGAGAUUUUUGUAUGAUGAUUUCAUGUCUCGUGCCAAGACAAAAGAGACAUUGGCAUCGGGCAACUUUUUGUCGAUUAUUAAUUGUUUGAUGCAAUUGAGGAAAGUUUGCAACCACCCGGAUUUGUUUGAAGUUAGACCAAUAGUAACAUCAUUUUCCAUGCCAAGGUCAGUUUCAUUUUCUUUUCAAUAUGUAAAUGAUAUGAUUAAAGGCAUUAGUGCUGACUCAAAGGACAUGGUUGAUUUUGAUGUACUUAAUUUGAAUGUCGCUAAUGAAGAAAAUUUGAACCAUUUUGUUUCGCAGUCAACAGCACGGUUACAAUCACUGGCGCAAAUUGAGGAACAAAUUGCUCAACUUGACAAGUUGAUGAGUGGCGUGGAAAACACCAUGACAAACUUUGUAUCCUACUUUCAAGAUUUGAAAAGCCAAGAGCAGGUUGAGCUAAGGGAUAAAUUUCAACAUAUUCUAUACCUCAACACCCUAAGAUGUGAGAAGAGACCAAUAUAUGGUGACUCGUUGUUGCGCUUCUUGACAAUCAAGGGAAAAAAUAAAGCCAGACUGCCACUUGACAAACUUUCUUUGUCCGUCACUGACAGAGCCACUGCGAUGUCGGAUGAAAUAGAAAAAUACUCGAUAGUAACUCCGGCGGCAGUGGCAUUGGAUAUGAAGGAUCAACUUAUUCCCAAAUCCACCCAAUAUAAGAUCAAGUCAGAAGUACAACAAGGCAACAUCACUAACCCUUUCCAUCAAUCACAAGUGAAGCUAUCAAUUGCAUUCCCUGAUAAAACAUUGUUGCAAUUCGAUUGCGGUAAACUUCAGAAGUUGGCACAAUUGUUGAGAACAUUGACAGCCGAAGGACAUCGAGCUCUUAUUUUCACACAAAUGACUAAGGUGCUUGAUAUUUUAGAGCAGUUUUUGAAUAUUCAUGGCUACCGAUACAUGAGAUUGGAUGGUGCAACUAAAAUCGAGGAGAGGCAAUUAAUGACGGAGAAGUUCAACAGAGACUCUAAAAUCCCUGUGUUUAUACUAUCAACCAGAUCUGGUGGUUUGGGGAUCAACUUGACAGGAGCAGAUACGGUGAUAUUUUACGACUCUGAUUGGAACCCAGCCAUGGACAAGCAGUGCCAGGAUCGUUGCCAUCGUAUAGGACAAGUUAGAGAUGUUCAUAUCUACAGAUUCGUAUCUGAGUCCACCAUCGAAUCCAACAUUAUCAAAAAAGCUAACCAAAAGAGGCAAUUGGACAAUGUGGUUAUUCAGGAAGGUGAAUUUACAACCGAUUACCUUGGUCAGUUUUCCGUUCGUGAUUUGGUUAAUGACCCAAACAUUUCAGAAGCCACAAAGGAAAUUGCUGAUCGAACCAUUGACUUUUCCGGUGACACGAAAAUGACCAAAGCGUUUGCACAAGCUGAGGAUGAAGAGGAUCGAGUAGCCGCGGGCGCAGCUUUGAAAGAGGUUGCUGUCGACGAUGAAGAUUUUACAGAAGAGAAUAAAGCACAACCAAAUGGCUCUACAUCAAUGUUAAAGGCAUUGGAUGUUGAGGACGAGCUACCAGAUGACGUCGACUACGAAGAAGGCGUGGGUCACAUUGACGAGUACAUGUUGCGCUUUAUAUCCGAUGGUUAUUAUUGA